AUGAUUGACUCUGAUGAAGAGGAUUUUGAUGGUGAAGUACUGAUCAAGAAAUUUGCAAGCAAGAAGGCCACUGUUUCUGCAAGAAAGACUGUUGUAGAUGAAAAGAAGAUGAAGAAGGUGGGAUCUGAUGCUAAGACCCCCAAGACUUAUAAAGGAUCUCAGGUUCAAGUAUCUGAGAAGAAGAAAACGAAAGGAAAGAAGGAGGAGAAGGUUGCUGCCUCCAUUGGAAAGAAAAGAAAACACGUGUCUGACACAGACUCUGAACCAGAUGUCGAGCCAGAUGUCCCAGACAUCUCUACUACUGCCAAGAAGAGAGUCAAGGGGAAGAGAAUUCCUUUGAACAUUCCUGAUGCCCCCAUGGAUAAUGUGUCUUUCCACUAUGUAGAGUUUGCUCAGAGAUGGAAUUUUUUUUUUCAUAGAAGAAUUGCAGUUGAAAGAGAAUUGAGUGAGGAAGCCUUGAGUUACAAUGAGAUCAUUAAGAUUCUUGAACAGGCUGGCUUGAUGAAGACUGUGACUGGCCCUGAUGUUGUGACUGAGGAGGAGCAUGAUUUGGACAGGGUUGCUAACACCCUCACUGGGAAGUUGGUCAAGAAAUGGCGAAAGAAAGGGUUGUUACCCUAUGGAAAGUUGACUGCUAAAAGCCCUGAUGUUGUGAUUGAGGAGGAGCAUGACUUGGACAGGGUUGCUAACACCCUCACUGGGAAGUUGGUCAAGAAAUGGCGAAAGAAAGGGUUGUUACCCUAUGGAAAGUUGACUGCUAAGUAUGUUGUGCUCUACAAAAUAGGAACUGCAAACUGGAUGGCCACUCAACAUUUAUCUAGAGUGACUCCUCCCCUGGCCAGAAUACUCUACUUGAUUGGAACAGGAGGCAAAUUUGAUUUUCGAAAUCUUGUUUAUGAGCAGACUCUCAAGCAUGCUGGAUCUUUUGCUGUGAAGCUGCCUAUUCUGGUUCCUUGCCUUCUCUCUGGAUUGAUUUUGCAUCAACAUCCUAACAUUUUGAGGGCUGAUGAACCUAUAGGUAAGAAGCAUUUACCUCUCAAAUUUGAUUACCGCUUGUUUGCUGGGACACAUGUUCCAGACAUUAUGUUGUUUGCUGCUAAAGAAACUGCAAGUGCCAGUGGCACUAAGGCACCUGGGUCGAGCAAGGAGGACAUUGUGGCUGAAUUGCAGGAAAUUUCCAAGACCCUGCAAGACACCAUACAAGACUGCAAGGUGAGGAAGCUGAAUGUUGCUCUGAAUGAAGUUCAUGCUCCUGCUGAGGAAGAAGCGGUUGAAGAGGAAGCUGAGGUUGUUGGGAAUGAGAAUGUUGUUGUUGAAGAAGAGAAGGCUCAAUAUGAAACUGCUGAAGAAGAAGAGGAAAAUUCUGAUGAAGAAGAAGAUGUAACUGGUUCUACCAGUUCUGGCACUGCUAGUGCAUCUCUUUAA